UUUGUUGCAGUUGGCUACGCCCUCCAGCUCACCAAAAACAGCCUCAAAAACAACCAUUUCCUCUCUGCUGAGAGACGGGGAAAACGCAGGCGCGAGGCUCACACACUCACUCACACGCCUGCGCUUCCCUGCAGCGGCCGCCAGCUUCCCAGGACGCUGUCCGUGCAGGGGCUCCGGCAGCAAGAGGCCCCGAACGCCAGCUCAGAGCCCGGCACCGCUGCUUUGGAGAGGGAGGCCCCGGCCUCGCCAGCCGGUUUCUGUCCUGCCGAGGCCUUCGCCUCCCAGGAAGACGGCGCCCUCACACCCUGGAAUCCGGCUGGUGCCCCUGCUUCCUCCCCGGGAUGGGCAGCUCCGGCUUUGGCUCAGGCCUGGCCCUGCUCCAGGUGCAGGAAGCAGGGUAAGGAGGGCCGCGAGGCGGGCUCGCCCGCACCUGCUGCCCGGGCCUUCCCGGCGCCUCCAAGCAUGAGCGCUGAUGUCCUCUAGCCGCCCCGGCAGCGCCUCGGUUUCCCGGUGCCGGCAGUGACCAGGCCUGGGACUUUCUCCACAAGGGGCCGGCACCAAAGCCUGCGAUGACCGUGCAGAAGGUGGUGGCCACGGCCGUGCUGGUGGCCCUCGUCUCUCUUGUCCUCAACAACGCGGCCGCCCUCACCCCUAACUGGGUGUACCAGACGCUGGAGGACGGGCGCAGGCGGAGCGUGGGGCUGUGGCGGUCCUGCUGGCUGCUGGACAGGGCCCGCGGUGGACCGAGCCCGGGGGCCAGGCCCGGGCUGGCGGACACGCGGGACUGCGAGGCCCUGGGCUGGGGCUCCGAGGCGGCCGGCUUCCAGGAGUCUCGAGGCACUGUCAAAUUGCAGUUUGACAUGAUGCGAGCCUGCAACCUGGUGGCCACGGCAGCGCUUGCCGCAGGCCAGCUCACCUUCGUCCUGGGGCUGACAGGCCUACCCCUGAUGUCGCCAGAUUCCCAGUGCUGGGAGGAGGCCAUGGCCGCGGCGUUCCAGCUGGCGACAAUGAAGGAGCAGUUCCAACACGCGGCGGGAGAAACGGCAGGAAGCCGGCGUGAAUCACUCGGGGAUAAUGGGUCCCGGCCCUUGUCUCCCUGGAGAGAUGCUAUUUCCAGAAUGUGGCUGACAGGCUGGAGGCGCUUGUGCUGGAAAGGGCCCUAUUCAUCCAGGGUGUGUGGCCCUGGGCCGGUCUCCUCCCUGCCGCCCCCGGGGCCCAGGCCCAGCAAAGAGACAGGCUUGGGGUCUGGAGAACAGAGCCGUGUUUCGGCUCCACCACGGACCAGCCACGUGGCCAGGGUGAACCACAUCUCAGGUCACGUGACUGCAAAAUGGGGGCUCGCCCGCCGCGCCUGGUUGAUUUUGGGGGUUCAGGAGGCACCCGCAGCGGGGUCUCGGACCCCCGCCUCCUCCCUCCCAGAGCCGUGGAGAAAAACAGACACUCCAAGUGCCAGAUGUGUAAGAAAAUCACCCCCUGCCCUCAGGCCGUACAUCGACCGGUUGCCCUGACGCCAGCCUCUCUUGGGGAGGGUCUGUAAUUCCGUCCCUUCGAGAAGGAAGUGGGAGAUUCUGAGAACGGGACUGGAAAAGAAAGCUGCGCUAAAAACACCUUUUUGUGGCCGUAAACAAACGAGAGUACCGGGUCUUGAUUCUGAAAGUAACCCCUUCUGGCAGGAGGACCGACUCUGUCACUGAAGUUCUCAGCAAAUGGCUUCGAGACACCUAUGUAGAUUAUCAGGAAAGACACCGUGGGUCUGGUGUCAAAACUGGCAUCUCACUUCCCGCAAACCCUUGUUUCCGACUGACACUGUUGUUUCCGAACAACGCUUCCUAUAAAUGGAGACAAAACUCCACGCGGGCGGGUGUGCAGCCGAGGCGGCCUCGGGGGUGGGGGCUGGCCUGGCCUGGUGGGGGCUGGGGCCACGUGCUGCUCUCCCUCUGGAGAGGCUGGACCAGGCUCUGUCCAAAAGCAAGCAGCUAGGCAGAGGCGGACGGAAAAAGCCAGAGGCCCGAGGGGCACCUGCGGCGUUUCGGACAGUCCCUCUGCCUCCGCAGGCCCCCCAACCCCCAGUGUCCGACCGUCACCCCCCGUGGGCCUGCUGUGCCCGGAGAGGAAAUGCACUUGGCCCUGUUUAGACUCGUUUCAUUGACAAACAGUACAGAAUGCA